AUUCUUUUUUCAUGCAGGUGUAUGCUUGCAUUGUUUGAUGAAAAAUUACACAUUUGCAUCUAUGUUUUUGUUGUGGUUCAAUAAAACUGACCUAUACAUCUCACAAUAGAAAUCAGAAUCAGAUGUGUGGUUAGUUUUUUUCUUUUCAGAUCUAUGGUGUGUAUAUAUUUUUAUCUGAUAUAUAAAAAUGAUAUUAAUCAUGAUAUUGUAUAUUUAGUUUAGAGGUUUUGUUAUUGACAGAAAUUAAAUAUUACGUUUAAUCAAAAUCAAAUAUGGUGAGGGGAAAAAUUUUAUAGGUGAAAAGCGUUGAGAAUUUUCAAUUCUGCUAAAGAGGAAUAAUAUCUCAAACAAGGAUUGAGAGAAAUGAGAGAUUGAAAACUGAGGCACUAUGAAAUAACAUAUUUUCAAUCAAAACUGAGAAUCUGUUGGUCAUUAAUUUUAUUUAUUCUUAAAAGAGUUUACCUUAUUACAAGAUAUGAAACGUCUUAUACAAUCCAGAACAAAAUAUCCUCUUUUUUUUCAUAAUCAAAGAUUCUAUCAUAUUUAGUUCUGUUACAUGCCACAAAUAACCAUAAGAAAUACUUUUUGGUCAAUGUUUCCUUGUUUGGUUAAUCAGUCAUUCCACAUGCUGUGUCAACUUUUUUUUGAUACAAAUAAUGAAAUAAAGAAUGUAAAAAAUGUACUUCAUGAACAAAAACGUGAAAUAUAAAUACACAACAUAUAUGUACAGUUUUGAAACGUAAACCACGAAUAUAUCCAAUAGAUUUAGGCUUGAUAAAAAAAAAAUUCCUAUAGAUUUAGUCUAUCUCCCAAGUCUCAGAUAUAGCAGACAAAAAAAAAAGAACAAUCUCUUGAUAAUUGCGAUAUUCUGAGGCAUAUGUCAUCAGCUUAAGCAAUGGUUUCCAUAAAUGAGAAAGUAAAGCCAUGAUAAGCAACCAGUUGGAAAACAACAAACUCCUAAAGAUUCGUAACUUCGUUGUGACAACGGAGACGACGAGAAGAUUGUGAAAAUCGGCGAAGCGUACGAGUUUACAUUAGGUGAUAACAAAAUCGGAACGGCGCGUUACUCGUGUAAAAUGGACAGGGUCCUAAUUUUUAACAUCAACAAGUGUUUGUGGCAUAUGAAGAUUCGUGGGGGCAAAGCUCGUGAAUCAUUGCUAGAUGUAAUCUAUUUUUCUCCCAUGAGAAAUAUGUGUGGGAUGGUCCUCAUCACAUCCUGAAAAACUAGGGCUUAUAUUCUUUGCUGAUAUAUAUUAAAUAAUGUUCACUCUCUGAAUAUUUUUAAUUGUAAAACUCAAAUGGUGUCUCCUUUGGAAAUGGGAAUAAGAUUAAUCAUUGAAUGAAUGGUACUUUUCAAAAGAAUCCCUUUCUUAUUAAAGGAGGAGCAUUGAUAGAAAUAAACCUUGGCCUCAUGUGUUUAUUACAUUGGUGCCAUUUCCUAGGUGUCAUCACCACAUGCAUUCUCACUUACUUUUUAAAAAAACCCUUUAUGAACUAGAAAAAUUACAAACAAAUGACAUUGGUCAUUACAUUAUACUAUAUGAUUUCGGAUUACAUUUACACUUGAUUACAUUUUGAAUUCAAAAAAAAAACGGGGAUCUAAAUAAGGCAGCAUAUUAACUCCUUCCUAAGAGAGAUUUUAUGGUAUGUUCGAAAAUUUGGAAGUGUUUCAUUUAGAUAAGGCAACAAAAUAAGUGUCUCAUCUAAAGUCAUGUACGCUUUAGUACAAUUUUCGUAAUUUUAAACGUGGUACAACUAAGUUCUUUAACCUGUAUCAGUACUUGGUACAUCUAAAGUUCAUAUCAAAAAUCAUAAAACUAAUAUUGCAACAAGCAAACUAUGUUAGACACAAAACUAAUAUAGAAUUGUUUAUCAUAAUGUUCAUAUCAUAACCUAUACGAAUAUUCAUAUCAAAUCGUUUUAUGAUAUUUUCGAUUCAAUUCAUCACUUAGUGCUUCAAAAAUAUUAACAUAGCACCGGCCACAAUUCAAUUUUGGAAACACCAUUGAAUUGUGUACGUAAUCAAGGAAACAAAAUUCAAAGAAUUGAAAAACUUACCUUAAUCGAUAGGGGAAUAUUUCUGAAAUAUUUUUUGCGUGACCAUCACUGAUUUUCCUUAUCUAUUUCACGUCCAGGCAUCACACAAUUUAUAAAUCAGGCAACUGGUAUACGGUAUUAAUUUCUCAUCAUUUUAAUAAUGUUUUUAAAUUCUCUAGAUGAUCUCUUUGCUAUUGCUCAUAAUAGGAUUGCAAACGAAGACUUCUGAAGGCAUUAUUGACAGCAGUUAUUUUGUCUCUAUUUUUAAUUUUCUUUUGUUUUUUUAUACAUUGUUUCUUUUAUAUUUUAUUAGACUAUUGCUUAUGUUUUAUUUAAUAUUAUAUUUAUAAUUUACCCGCAUGCAAACAAAUAUACAAUUUAAUUUUAAUGGCCAUCGCAUAUAAAUUUAUAUUGACAUACUAAAAUUCUUAGCUAUAAUCCGUACUUUCCUACAUAUAUUUUUCUUACUAUAACUUUAACUUUUAUUAUGUCUACAUAUUAAAAGUUAUAAUACUUUAAUAAUCUCCUCGCUUCGCGCAGGGCGCGGGUUAUCACCUAGUAGGAACUAUAAGAAGAUAAGAAUCACUAGAUAAUGUUUUAAGAGAUACAACCACUAUUGAGAUGUUUUUGAGUCAUAUAUGAUUUGAUUAGGUAGAUCAGCUUUCAUCAGCUUACUAAAUGCAUGCAAAUCAUCAUCUCCAUGAUUGAUUUAAAAUUAUUAAUUGAUUUAUAAAUACAAAUCGUGUAAUAACUAAUCUUAUAUUUUGUUUUCAGCCAAUCACUUUUGACUCUUUCCCAUUGAUUAGAUUCGGUGUCGUUUUACUUCUUUUCUAGACGAAUGGAUUUUAAUUACCUUUGAUAAAAUGUUUAACGUUCUCUUUGGUCUUCCAAUAUUGAAGUGUUAGCUAGCAUAUUGUUGAUAUUUUCUGCAAAAGAAUAUAUACUCCUUCUGUUUCUUAAAGAAUGUCAAUUUAGAUUUUUUUUCAAAAAAUGUCGUUUUAGAUUUCCAAUACAAUUUUUACUUAUUUUCAACUGAAUAUUAAUUAUAAAAUGCAUUGAUCUAAUAAAUAAAUUUAUUUAUCUCAAAUAUUAUUGGUCAAUUAGAUGUAAUCAAUGAAACAUAAAUACAUUUCAAUCAUUUUUUUAAUAUGUGUAAAAAGUGUAUAAAUGACACUUAUAAUGAAACGGAAUGAGUAAUAUAUAUGGUCCAUUUAAAAUCGCAGGUGAUUAAGUCUUCGAAAACGCGGAGUUGAAUCAGGAAUGGUUGAGUGACUUUGAGCAUAUCUUCUUUUAGCAAAACAAGUAAAGCAAUAAAAUGCUAUGUUCCAUAAUAUUCUGUCAGUAACAUGCAUGUGCAUUGGGUUUCCCUUCUUUUUUUUUUGCAAUAUUGAUUAUAGUAUGUUCUAAUAAAAGCUAGUGGUGGUAUUGCCAUACGAAACAAGACAUAGCGGCAUUUGGCAUGUAUUUAUUGAUACGUUUGCUUUGGAUCAUCAUUUAAGUCUCCUAAUAGAUGGCUCCGCAAUCUUUGCAUGGGGCCUUCGAAUUCGGAUAAAGCAAAUUGAAUAUUAAAUAUUAAAAGAAAAUUAAUUAGUAAAAAAAAUUUAAAGAAAAUCAAGAGAUACAAUACAAGUACAACAAAACCAAACGAAGACAGUCGUAUGGAAUCUCCACAGCAGAGAACCCUUUAUUUUCGAGGAAAGUUCGAGUACGACAAGCACAUGUCUACAACAAGUUAUUUAAAAACCGGUACAUUUUAUAUCAUCGAGAAUAUCAUGGUUUCUUUGAGAAUAUCAUGGGGCGUCAUAAUUAUGCUUCAUGAUCUUCACCAUAAUUCUACUUUACAACCAAUGCCAUAUUGCACUUUCUUUUGGUUCUCUAUAUAUGACUGUAAUCAGAUGCUAUAUGAUAUUUCAGAACGUCACGAAAAUCACAACCAAAAAUCUCUAUACAGAUUGGGUAAAGACUAAUUAUUGGAGUUUAUUUUACGACAACUCAACGUGUUUCACGUUCUAGAUAUGUCCCACUUCUAUAAAUAAGGUGAACAAGGUGUCACCACCCUACACAACAUAACAUAUUGUAAUAACUCUCGUUUUUCUCUCCUUGAAAUACUGCGAGAAAUAUGGAUUCGAUCAAGAUUCAUCCAGAUCACUCAUUCCUCGAGGUUCUUCUCUCAAAUUCAUAAUAUGAUUGUAUAUAUUAUGUUUACAUAGAUGUAUUCAUGCACCUUCUAUAUGUAUUUCUUUAUGUAUGACAUGCAGAUGUGAUUAUAAGACUGAGAACGAGUCGAGUAGCGGCGAUGAAGAGAGAAGUAGCAAAUACUCUUUUGUGAGUGCUCUAUGUAUGAGCGGAGGAGAGGGAGCCAACAGCUACUCGACAAAUUCUCUUCUUCAGAGAAGAGCGUUAGCAAAGGCUAAGCCAGUUUUGGUUAAGAACAUAAAGGAGCUGAUGAUGGACUUGAACUUUCCUAAAUACAUUAAAGUAGCUGAUUUGGGCUGCUCUUCAGGACAGAACACGUUCUUGGCAAUGUCUGAAAUCAUCAAUACAAUCAAUGUGUUCUGUCAAAAGUGGAACCAAAACCCACCAGAAAUAGAUUGUUGUCUAAACGAUCUCCCUAAUAACGAUUUUAACACGACAUUCAAACUCAUACAUUCCUUCAAAGAGAAGAACUUCACAAGUAAAGUACCAUACUUCGUUUCUGGAGUACCAGGUUCCUUCUACUCGAGGCUCUUCCCUCGUAAGAGUCUCCAUUUAGUACAUUCCUCUUAUGGCCUCCAUUGGCUCUCUAAGGUUCCUGAAGGACUUGAAAAGAACAAAAUGAGUGUGUACAUCACAGCUUCAAGUCCCCUAAGUGCAUACAAGGCUUACUUAAAACAAUUCCAAAGAGAUUUCACAACAUUUUUGAAACUGCGUUCUGAAGAAAUGGUUUCUAAUGGACGUAUGGUUCUCACUUUCAUUGGUAGAAACAAUAUGGAUAAUCCAUUGCAUAGAGAUUGUUGUCACUUUUGGACAUUAUUAUCCAAAUCUCUUCAUGACCUAGUCAUCGAGGGUCUUGUGAGUGCUUCGAUGGUAGAUUCGUUCUACAUGCCUUUUUAUGAUCCUAGCAAAGAAGAAGUUAAAGAAAUAGUAGGGAAAGAGGGUUCCUUUGAAAUCAAAGAUUUAGAGGCACAUGAAUAUGAUCUUGGCCAUUGUAACCAAGACCAGUCAAAGAGAAGUAAGUCAGGGCAAAAUGAAGCCGUUUAUAUAAGAGCGGUGAGCGAACCAUUGCUCGUGGCUCACUUUGGAAAUGCCAUUAUCAAUAGAUUGUUUGGCAAGUUCGCACAUCAUGUGUCUCAACAUGCUGGUUGCAGAAACAAAACGACCGUUAGUCUAGUUGUUUCAUUGACUCGCAAAUAACUUUUAUUAUGUAAUAAAGUUUAGUCUUGGCGAGCUAUGUGAAUGGUUAAUAUUUUAAAAGUAUAUCGUCGAUCAUGCAUGAAUUCCUGCGUUUAAAGAAUAUAUAAAUCAUCUAAGUCCAUAAAGACAUAAAUUGAAUUUCUAGGCUAAUUAAGUUUUCAUCUAGAUUCUGUAACUAGAGGUUUUCAUCUAGAUAAUUUUUUUUUA